AUGCGCCGCCCACACUGUCUUGCGCUCGCUUCGACUGCCAAUGAUGAUGGCAAUACUUCGAUGGCAAUACGCAUCUGUCCUGCCACGAUUUCUGCCACGAUCCGUGACGAUUCUGUCAACACUACUGGCACGGCACGUUCGCUGCUUCUUGUCGCAAUCAAUCCGCCACAUCCGUUUGCACACAACUCGCCUCCUUGCACCGGCGUCGACUCUGUUUAUUCACAUUGCGACAAGCCUCUACCUGCUUGUCCCACCACCGAUCGUUGCGAUGAUGCUCAUACAAACAUUCGACGUGGAUCACUCGAUUCUGUGGCCGCUUGGGAUGGCUUUAUGAUUCGCUUAUGCAAUGAUAUCGACAUGCGCGAUGAUCUCCUGACGCGCUACUCGAUCUCAUCUACGAUUCCGGCCGCUUCGAUACGUCCUCGCAUCGGCUCUCACAUGCGCUCACAAUCGACUCCAAUUUCGCCACCUCUUUCUGUGACUGCUUCGACACUCAGGCCUAUCGCAGGUCGAGCUCGCUUGCAAGCCGUCGAAGGCGCCUUCACACGGCUCUGUGGCAUCAAUCGUGCGACACGAACGAUCAAGCUACAAGAGCUUCUCGCCGACGCGGCAAAACUCCCCGGUGAUAGCGUUGGCCUGAUCGCUAGAAAUUUGCUUGCGCGUGUCGAUCCACAGCUGCUCAAGCAGGUCGCCUCCACUUUGCCUGUCACUUGCGCAGAUAUGUCGACACGACCUGUAGCUGCGACAAGGACAGCAUCUGCCCGGGGUAUUGCUUCGCGUCAGCCCCAAGACGCGUACCCACAGUCAGGCUAUGGUCGAUCGCCCUUUGACGAUAACGCGGCAUCCCGACGUGUCGUAUCGGAGCAACAGAAUGGUCUCACGGAAGCGGAAGCUCGCGAUGCUGUCCGUGUGCGUCCGAUGCCGCGAUCGACGUCUGCGUCUAAAGGUAGAUCGUAUUCCGAUAGACCGGAUCUUCCGCCAAAGGACAGUACCUAUUCUACUCGUGAUCUCGACAGCGCGCUUGACAGUAUACCCGUCCUACCUGCCGCAUCCAGGAGCUCAAAAUCCAAAAGUGACAAAAAGAAAAGCGGCAAAGGAAGUCAAGGGGGACCUAUUGAUAUAAUCGAUCAGCUUGAUCUCACAGACGUUCUCGGUGGUGCGAGCUUUCACCACGACGGCCCAUUCGAUGCCGCAUCUUCACAUCGCAACAGAAAUGACACGAAGCGACUGGCACCUAUGGAAGCUUUCGACCCAUCUGCUUUUGACCCCGCGGCCCAGCUACGCGCGCCGAAAAAUCCCUACGCGUACCGGCCACAGACCUCAACGCAAGCCAACCAUGCAUAUCCUCCUCAGACCCGCGGUAACGACCCUAACUCGCUAUCGGCACCUCGCUUGGAUGACGACGGUGGCUCGUCUGUUUCCUCGCGCAGACACAGUCAGUCUAGUAUCACGCUGGGUUACCCGAUCAUGGCCAAGCACGAUCCAAAGGCAGUCGCGCUUGCCCAAGCGUUCGGCGUCCAAGAAUCAGAGCCAUGGGAAGACUUCGGCAGCAACCGGUGGGCUGCCUCGAGCUCAGGUCGACACCGUCGAGGCGAUGCAGAGCCUGAGCUCGACGGCGAACGUACUCGCGACCUACGGGCCCAGCGCACAGCCAGUGUAUGGGAUAUGGAAGCAACGUUGCGAGAGGGCAAACCGGUCGAAGCAGUGCCCGCUUUACCGCCAAUCCCUGCCCAGUAUGACCAGGGUCAUUCGCGAACACGAUCCCGCACGGUCGGCUCGUCACCAGAGAAUGGGACGGCCGGCCGCUCGAAAUCCUUCAUGACUAAGCUGAAGGGAGGAACGAAGACGCCGAAUAGCGACGGUGGUGAUGAGUCUGGCGACUACUUCUCCAAACCACCACGCGAAGGGGAUAGUGGUGGUAAGCGUAGCAAGGGCCAUCGGCCCAUGAUCUCUGCCCCGAUCAGCCCCCUUGGCGAUCGGCAAAAUCUUCCUCGCAACUUCUCCCAGCCAACCGUCAAGUCAAGUCAGAGUCAGAGCUUUGCUGGCCAGAGCAGUGUCACCGACGAUGUCUUGGACGGACUGUACGAUGAGCCCGAGAGCAUGACACCCAUCAAGAGCGGCUCUGGACAGACUUCCCCGCUCGCCCAGAGAGCUUAUACAUACGACGAUUCUCCUCAGAGAGCAUACGACAGCACCAAACUGCAUGCGGGACGCGACGAAGGCUCACUUGGCCGCAAAGGCAGCAUCAUGCAGAAGCUCGGUUUCGGGCGCAAAACAAAGUAA